AUGCUGCGUACCCCAGCAGAGUGCCACAGAUUCAUUGAAUCCCAGUCGCCGGCCGCAAUCGCAGAACAUUUGCGACGCGACCAGCAGCGAUGCCGCGACAAUAAAAUGCCUAGUAUGCUAGCUGUAUACCUACCAGCGUCCUCUUCACCAUCCUCGCCGCUAUAUGUCGCAAUUUCAAAUCACUUGUCCAAAGAGGAAGUACACCCGAGCGUGAAGCGACUGCAAUAUGACGGUAUAAUCAAAUCAAUCAAGGCAUAUCUACAUCAAUUAGACCGGGACCAAAGCGGCGAAAGUAAUGUUGGGAUAGCUACUGCUAUAACACCAACGCCAGAAGAUUUUUCUGCAGCGAUUAAGGUUCUAGAAUAUCUUCAAAAGGAGAAGAAUCUCACCGGAAGAUUAACCAACUCUACGCCCCUCGCGGACAUUAUGAACGCUAUUAAUGCUCAUAUGGGCAUUGACCCUAUUUUUCGCACUGCUUUCUCGUCGGCAUUGGACGCCAACGCAAGUCGCAAAUGCUACGUCUGUAGGCAAAAAAUCCUCCGUUCCGAAUCUCAUUAUCUCUACAAUGCACUGUGUCGGCCAUGCGGCUCCUUCAAUCUCACCAUGUCUGAGCUGGCCUAUCCCCCAAAGUUUAAUCUGUGGGGAAAAACUGCACUCGUAACAGGAGGACGCGUCAACCUGGGAUUCCACACUGCUUUACGAUUACUACGAUGCGGGGCGAAUGUCAUAGUAUCAACACGGUACCCUCACGAUGCCGAAUCGAGAUAUGCCCAACAGCACGACGCGGAGGAAUGGUCGUCAAGGUUACGAAUUAUUGGAGCGGACUUUCGCACUGCCAGAGAUGCCUUUGAGCUUGUUUCUGCAGUGAAAUGGCUGCUGCGAGAGUGGACCAAGUCGAAACUGCACAUUCUAAUAAAUAACGCUGCCCAAACGCUCACUGACCCUGUCAAGUCCGAGGUGGCUGCUAUUGUCCGGGAAAAACAUCUACAAGACAGCUCCUCUGACCAAUCACAAAAGUUUCUUCCUGAAACACGACACACAUACGAACCGCGAGUACGAGGGGGUAUGCAGGCAGCGUGGGUUUCUGGCAUUGAGGGUAAUUUCCAGCGUCAAAUCAAAAAUGGCUCUUUAACUCCUGAAGACUACGAACAUCCGCCUUUGAAGGGUCUCGGAGGACAUGACAAUAAGACUGAAAGAUCGUCGUGGGUGCAGACUGUCGAAGAAAUCCCUUACGAAGAUAUUAUCAGUGCCUUUGCUGUUAAUUCAUUCGUGCCUCUUAUCCUGUGCCGGGAACUGCUGCAUAUCAUGGGUCACCGCUCCGGGGCCCCCCGGCCAGAGGGUUACAUUGUAAAUGUCUCAUCACGAGAAGGGAUUUUGGAAAACAAAGCGCCCAAAGCAGGAUACCAUGUUCACACCAACAUGUCCAAAGCUGCUGUCAACAUGAUCACAGAAACCGAGGCGGAAAACGCGUGGGCACAGCGGGUGGCAAUGAACACGGUCGACCCAGGGUACAUGAGUGCUGCACCUGAGAUAGUGCAAGAUGAUGGAUGUCCCAUUGGAUUCGAGGAUGGGGCUUCUCGAGUGCUAUGGCCGAUUGCUGUGGGCGAGAUGGACGAUGCGACAGUCGUUCGUGGUCGUUUUUUGAAGCACUUUGGCGAAGUUGGUGCAAGCAUUCAGCGGGGGUGA